UUUGUCCCUUUAGGAUCGAAGGUACUAUACACAAUACAAUAUAUGUAUAUCCUGGUUCAUAUAAAUAAGGAUCAGAGGUGAAGAAACCAGUGGUGUCAUUCACCUCCCUCCCAAUUUUGACCCCAUACUGAAGUUCGCCGGCUCAAGCUCCGGCACCGGCACGUUUCCGGCAGAGAAAAACAUUUUUUGUUGUAAAAGAUCUCCUUGUUUGGAAUUUUGAUCAACAACAGAUUCUCAAUUUUCUCUCUGCCUGAAACAAAACAACGAUGAUUCAAACCCUAGGUUAUUACCUAUCUGAACACCCAUUAAUCGUCGGAUUCCGUUGGAAGCAUAGCCAAUCAUGGGGCAACACGUGGGUAUUUCUCUUCACCUCCAUAGCUGCAUACGUCAUCUUCUCCGUUUUCCUCCACCUCAUCCUCCUCCUCCUCUUCCGCCACCGACGUCCGCUCCCUCUCGGCCCAAUCCCCGCCGUCCACUCCCUCUCCAUGGCCUUAAUCUCAUUCACCAUCUUCGCCGGAAUCCUCCUCUCCGCCGCCGCAGAAAUCCGUGACACCCGUUGGUUCUGGCGGCGUUACAAAACGACUCCGUUUCAAUGGCUCCUCUGUUUCCCACUCGGUACCCGUCCUUCGGGUCGGGUCUUUUUCUGGUCCUACAUUUUUUACCUCUCUCGUUUCCUCCACACGUUCCGCACUUUCUUCACUAUUAUUCGACGUCGUAAACUCUCCUUUUUUCAACUAUUCAACCACUCAAUCCUCAUCUUCAUGUCAUUUUUAUGGCUAGAAUUCUCACAAUCAUUUCAAGUUUUAGCCAUAAUUUUAACAACUUCGAUUUACUCCGUGGUUUACGGGUACAGAUUUUGGACUGCCGUAGGUUUACCUAGCAAAUGUUUCCACUUUGUGAAUCACUGUCAGGUUUUGUUGUUGGGUUGCAACGUUGUUUGUCAUGUUGGGGUUCUUUUGUUGCAUUUCCUUAAAGGUGGGUGUAACGGAAUUGGCGCGUGGGUUUUAAACUCUGUACUAAAUGGUGCGAUUCUCUUCUUGUUCCUUAAUUUCUAUGUGAAGUUGCAUUUGGAGAAGAGGAAAAUUGAUGUUACUAAAGGAUCCGAAACUUUGGACUCUGUCAAAGACAAGGAUAGUUGAGGUCUGCCUUUUCCUAUAGUUUUAAGCUCUCUUUUUUUUUCCCUUCUUUUGUAUACGAAAUAUAUAUAUAUAUAUAUAUAUAUAUACUAGUACUUAGUUGAUUAUCCCUUGAAAAUUUUGUAAAUCGGAUUGUAAAAAUUAUAUUAUGGGGUAAGAAUAAUGAUAUCCCUUUACCAUUACUGAGUAUAUAUAUGUGUGUAAUUGAUGCUAUUAGAAGUGAAUAGUUAUGAA